UUUAAAAUGUCAUAUGUUGUGCCAUCAGCACCACCAGCCCAUGAUAAUCUAGCGUUACAAAUAGAAGAAGAUUUACUUUUAGAUUUCAAUGUUUACAAUCAAAGUAUCUAUAAUGACACUGAUUCAGCAAAAAUGGCAUUUCACCAUCCGGAAUAUUACAAUCCUUUUUAUCAUGACGAUUCGAUUGUUCCAGGGUCACCGUUUUCUGAAAAAUCUUUCCAAAGGACAUUUUCCAUACGAUCAAAACAGUCAGCUGGCUCUCAUUAUACCCGACAGAUAAAUAUGUCUAUUGGCGAAGAAUGGGAAAAUAUUCACCAGGCAUAUGAUACUCCCCGCAGAUCAGUCACGUGUCCUCCUACACCUAAAAGACAGUUUGUGUUUACUCAGCCAUUAAGUCCAUGGUCAGAGAAACAAGAACAAUCGGCACAAGAACAAGUUGCAGAUGAACCUUUGCGAUAUUUUUUCAAUCGUUUAUCAGAAGAAGAACGAGUCGCUCCGAAGGACUAUGUAAUACAACCAAAUCCUCAUAAUAGUUGUAACCAUAAGAUACAUGCCGUGUUACAUUGUCCAUGUUUCUUCUUCUUCUGUUUGUUGUGUUGUUUACCAGGAGUUCAUUUCAUGGAGAGAUCUGACGAGGAAUAUAGGUCUGGACAUGAUGACAGGGCAAAACGUGAUGGGAGAUGGUCAACUGUUCUGUAUACACUGGGAGUAAUUGCUGCUGUUGUUUUUCUCUCAGGAUUAAUAUAUUUUUCAGUAUCUUUUGUCCAUGGCGAUGUGUCUUAAUUUUCUUUUAUGGUAAAGCCAAGUCAUAAUGAAAUGUGUACUUUUCUCUCGAUUUGCUGAUACUUUUCACUGUUAUUGUCAUAAAUGAGAUGUAUAUAAUGGUAGAAUCAAGCAUUAUAUUUGUGUAUUGUGUACUUUACACGUAUGGUUUUAUAUGUAUUUUACGAAUACAUGUAGAUCUUUUUAUUUUCAUCGACUUCUAUAUCUUCGUCUUCUUAAUAUAAUAAUGUUAAUGCUAUUUUGGAAGAGGCAUGUUGUCGCGCAAUAAUUUGUUUUAUAUUGUCACUGUUACAUGCUUGUAUUGUUUAUGUGUAUGCCUUUUUUUAUUGUUUGGAUCUUUUAAUAAAAUUCUUCUUCGUAGUA